AUCACCAUCACUCACUAUGCACCAAUCACCAUGCACCUACCUGUAACACGUGUAACACAUGACCCGAGAGCACCGAGAGUUCACAUCAGUUCACAUCGUUCGACGUUCACGUACAUUUCAGUGCAAACGUUUCCAAACGUUGGAUGUUGGUUAAAUAAUUUAAAGUAUCACCUUUGGAUUAUAAAAUGACGUUGACAAGCUUACUACCUGCACCAAGUCAAGUGAUAUGGGAUAGAGAUGAUGAGGCUCGUGAAUUAAAACUUCGUCAACGACCAGCAUCAGCAUUAGUUAAAGCAAUUAUAUCUGCUCCACCAUAUGGUCAAAGAAAAGGUUGGACACCUCGUACUGAUGAUGAUUUUGAAGAUGGUGGUGCAUUUCCUGAGAUUCAUGUUGCUCAACAUCCUCUUGGUAUGGGUCUCAAAGGAAAAGACUCUUCUAGCAAUGCAUUGGCAGUACAAUUAGAUGCAAAUGGCAAAGUUAAAUAUGAUCUUCUUGCUCGUCAAGGACAUUCGAAAGACAAAAUUGUUUAUAGUAAAUUAAGUGAUUUGUUACCAUCAGAAAUAACGAAUGAAAAUGAUCCAAGUCUUCAACGUCCAUCUGAAGAAGAAAUAGCAGAUAUAACUGAACGUACAAGAAAAGCAUUGGAAAAAAUAACAUCAUCUAAAAUAAAAGCAGCAAUGCCAGUACGUUGUGCUGAAAAAUUAAAUCCAGCACAAUAUAUACGUUAUACACCAUCUCAACAAGGUGAAUCAUAUAAUUCUGGUGCUAAACAACGUGUUAUAAGAAUGGUAGAAGCACAGAUAGAUCCAAUUGAACCACCUAAAUUUAGCAUUAAUAAAAAAAUACCACGUGGACCACCAUCACCACCAGCACCAGUGCUACGUUCACCAACACGUAAAGUCACUGUUAAAGAACAAAAAGAAUGGAAAAUUCCACCAUGCAUUAGCAACUGGAAAAAUGCAAAAGGUUACACAAUACCAUUGGAUAAACGUUUAGCUGCUGAUGGUCGUGGUCUUCAACAAGUUCAUAUUAAUGAAAAUUUUGCUAAACUAGCUGAAUCAUUAUAUAUUGCUGAUAGAAAAGCAAGAGAGGCUGUUGAAGCGAGAGCACAGUUUGAAAAAAAAAUAGCUCAAAAGGAUAAAGAAAAAAAAGAAGAUUACUUGAAACAAUUGGCACAAAAAGCUAGAGAUGAAAGAGCUGGUUUAAAAUCAUCUGCUGCUCUUGAUAAAGCUGAAGAGUCACGUGAAAGAGAUCAGCUCAGACAAGAAAGACACAAAGACAGAGCUAGAGAUAGAAAUAUUGCUCGUGCUGCACCUGAUAAAAAAUCAAGACUUCAGAAACAGCGUGAAAGAGAUAUUAGUGAACAAGUUGCUUUGGGAAUGCCUGCUCAAAAUAUAUCAAAUACUGGAGAUGCAUUUGAUCAAAGAUUAUUUAAUAUUUCAAAGGGUAUGGAUUCUGGUUUUGGGCAUGAUGAUGAGUAUACAGUUUAUGAUAAACCUUGGCGUCCAAAUACAAUUGGAUCACAAAUAUAUCGUCCUAGUAAAAAUAUUGAUAAAGAUAAUUAUGGUGAAGAUUUAGAAAGAUUAGUUAAAACAAAUAAAUUUGUUCCUGAUAAAGAAUUCAGUGGUACUGAUCGUUCUGUUGUAAGAACUGGUCCAGUUCAGUUUGAAAAAGGCGAAGAGGAGCCAGUCGAAGAAAUUGAUCCGGAUCCAUUUGGUUUGGAUCGAUUUUUACAAAAUGCCAAACGUGCAGGUGAUUCAACAUCAACAACAUCAGCUACAUCAGCUACAACACCAUCAUCUUCUAACUCAUCAAAACGUAAAGAUGACAGAGAUCAACGAAGAGAUGAUCGAGACAAGAGGCGUAAAUAUUUUUAAAUAAUUUAGCUUCUUAUUAUUUCUUAAAAUUUUUAUUAAAAGUUAUUGACUAUAAAAUUAAUAAAUAAAUUCAAUUUUUAUGAAUUACUUGACAAUUAAA